AUGCUAGACGGGAGAAAUCUCGAGGAGCAAAAAGGAAGCGCAAUGUCAAUAUCGUAUCUUCAACAUGCACACCGGCGCCACGAUUCAAGUUCAAGUCAGAACAUCGACAGCGACGGGAUCUCAUUCUCGGACCUCCGCUCUUCGAAUACAUCGUACAAGCCGGUCACGGGUUAUGAAGAGCUUGAUCUUGGCGACGAACGGUCGUCGUUGAGGCCGAUUAUUGAUCGGAAACCGAUCCAAAGCCAAAGUGCUUCUCCAACUUUUGCCCCGGUUCAUCCUGUCAAUCAUGACUUUCUGAGCAGUGCUGCGCCGACGCCGUUGCCACAAAAACACCUUUGGAGGACAACGGUUUGUCUGCUGUUAGGAUUGCUGAGCGUGCCGUUUUAUGUGUUUUGUGGGUUUGCGUGGCAUUAUCAUGAUCGCCCUGUGAAGUCGAAGGAUCAGAGUAAUAGUUUGAACUCGUUUGGGAAUAAGCUCGCAACCGCCUUCCCAUUCGCGUUCUCGCUGGUAGUGGGCCAUACGGUGAGGCGAAUCGGAUCAUGGAAGCUUGAACGGGGAACGACUCUUGGAUCUUUGGAACAGAUUAUGGGGAGCGUGGCUCUGGGAUCCACGAUCAUUACGCAGGCCCUCCUUCGUCGUCCCAAUAUUCUGGCUCUACUCCUUCUGGUGACGUGGGCGCUGUCACCUAUUGGAAGUCAGUCUUCACUUCAAAUCUUGACGGUUGGUGUGCGUCCUACUGUGAGCAACUCUACCAUACCUUAUUUCAACACCGAUUCUACGCCCGGAUUUUCGGAAGGCGACUUCUGGAAUGGACCUUCCCUCAAUGCAUUGUUUUCUUCAUCCUUGAUGGCACCAGCUUCAAUCAGAAAUUCGAGCAUGGAUUUGUGGGGCAACGUAAAAGUACCGGAUAUCUCCAGACUUCCUUCGUCGGCGAACUCGACUGGAUGGACCAAUGUUCCAGUGCAGAACACGACUUAUUCCUCCGUCCUCGGAAUCCCGUUUAGCAAUCUCUCCAAACGAGGGAACACAACUUUCUUCAUGGAGUCCUCAUAUAUUGCUCUCGAUUGCUACGACAAUGUCACCGCAACUGAAGGAUUCUAUAAUUAUACAGCCAUUAGUGACGUUUUUGAGGAACUGCAAAAUGGCACACUGCGGAACGGAACAUAUUAUGCUACAAUUCCGGUUAACACCAGUACAUUGUUUCCAAUGAAUUUCGCAAGAACGUUCUCUAUCGCCAUUGAUGGAUUCUAUAGAGGUGGAACUUUUGGCACGGUCACCGAGUACAUCAAUGACACAUCAACCUACGAGCCUCGGACAUUGCUAUACCAGACUAAAUACGGAGGGUCAGCAGUCGAAUGUGUUGGCACUGACUGCUCCGUCGUUGCCAUUCGACCCUCGCAACUCAAGCACGCGAACUCGAACUUGACAAAUCUCGGCUUUAUAGCAGCCUAUGAUGACUUCUGCACUUACCUCAUGUUGGCUUCAUCUGCUGACUUACACGACGGAACCUCGUCAGCUCUCGAAUUAUAUAUCGGCAAUCCGGACUCAGCCCCUCACGCAGGACUUAUCUACCCAAACAUCACUGGCAUCAGCGCCAGUGACCUGGGAAUCAGGCUUCAGCAAGUAAUCAACACAUAUUGGUACGGCAGCUAUGACCCGGUCAGCAUGAUGGGCUUCCUUAACCUGAAUAUGUCGGACGACCUACGUACAUUCAAUCUCACACGCAAUACCACAGCCACGAACAUCGUCUUCAACGAAGUCUACGUUAUGCACUUCGGGUGGUUCUUCGCUCUCCUUCUUGCAACGAGCACAAUGCUUGGAGCGGCCCUCAUCGGAGCUUUCCUCAGCUGGCGCAUUCGGGGACCGGAUAUUUUGGGCCAGUGUUCGACGCUGUUGAGGGAUACUCCUUAUGUGACUGGUGUGAAAGCGGGGACGACGUUGGAUGGGUUUGAGAGGACGAGAAGAGAGGGAGCUACAAGGGUGAAGCUGCUGGAUGUUGAUCCGGAUAAUGAGGUGGGGUAUAUUGCGAUUGCAGAGAAUGUUGGGAGACCUGGUGGAGGACUGGUUAGGGGGAGGUAUUAUCGGUAG